AUGGCGGUCUCUGAUGCUUUGGCGAGAACUCUCCUGGCCGCCGCCGGGACAUAUACACUCUACCUGAUCGGCCUUGUAAUCUAUCGCUUGUACUUCCACCCCCUUGCCAAAUUUCCAGGCCCCAAAUAUGCGGCCAUAAGCCAUUGGCAUGAAGUCUACUACGAUGUGAUCCUGCAGGGACAGUUUACAUUCCAGGUACAGGAAAUGCACAAACAAUACGGACCUAUCGUGCGCGUUGUUCCGGACGAGCUGCAUAUCCAGGACUCGGACUUCUAUGAAACUUUGUAUACCAAGGCCGGUCGCGUGGAUAAGUACGAGUGGAUGGCUGGUCGCUUUGGAGAUCAUAACUCUGCUUUUGCAACCGCCUCAGAUGAGCUCCAUCGUAUUCGACGGGGCGCACUCAAUCCUCUGUUCUCGCGACAACGCAUUCUUGAUCUACAAGAUGUAAUUCAAGGAAAGAUCGACAUCCUGGUGGAUCGCGUUCGUGAAUUCCAGGCCGAAGAAAAAGUCAUGCCUAUCAACCGAGCGUUUUCAGCACUUACUGAAGAAGUGAUACUGGAAUACUGCUUCAACCUUAGCUAUGAUGCUCUCCGAGAGCCGGAGUUCGAGAAAUCAUUACACGACCCAAUCAUGGCGGCAAACCAGUUUAGCAAUGUGUCUCUACAAUUCCCCUGGAUCCCGAAAAUUCUAUUCAACCUGCCUCAGUCCAUUACGGUGAAAAUGCAGCCGGAAUAUGCCCUGUUCUUCAGAAUGCAAGGUGAUUUUCGCAAGCAGAUCGACGAUAUGAAGUCAGGGAAAAUGAAAGAUGUCCUGGAGAAGUCUUCCCAUCGAACGGUAUUCCAGGAACUAAUUGAAGGUAAUCUACCACCCUCGGAAAAGAAUUCGCUACGGCUAAUGGGCGAGGCUUCUGUUGUGGUUGCUGCUGGUGUUGUCACUACUGGCUGGGCGCUCGCCACUGCAGCUUUUCAUAUCAUCAACGAUCGGCCUAUAUACCAGAAGCUGAGGGCCGAAUUGGAGGCUGCUAUUCCAAAUCCCGACGAAAAGCCUAGUUGGACCGAGCUCGAAAAGCUGCCGUAUCUCGCUGGGUGCGUGCGAGAAGCAGUGCGCAUGUCGUAUGGAGUAACGGCGAGAGAACCCAGGCUCUUGUCGAAGCCACUAGAGUACAAAGGCUGGAUCAUCCCCCCUAGGACUCCUGUGAGCAUGACGAAUGUCGAUGUUUGCGAUGACGAGGUGAUCUUUCCGAACCCUAGAACGUUUCGACCUGAGAGGUGGAUUGGCAAUCCCAAGGCGCCUAACGGGCACAGCUUGGAAAGAUACUAUAUUGGCUUUGGCAAAGGGACACGCAGCUGUCUCGGCAUCAAUCUUGCGCAGGCCGAACUGCAUAUGACACUUGCGGCCCUAUUUAGGAACUUUGACUUUGAGCUUUAUCAAACCGACAUAAGCGAUCUGGAACUUGCGCACGAUUUCUUUGCUCCAAGCCCACGGCUCGACUCCAAGGGCGUUAGAAUUAAGGUCAAGCCAGCGUAG